GAUCGUAUUGAAAGAUUGGCGGAGCAGCUGGGAGCUGAGGAGCGGCAGGAGACCCGCGAGAUCACCGCUACCAGCACCGGGAUUCCAUGGAAUGCCGUGUGGCCCUGUGCGGUCAUGGUGCUGCUCAUCUAUAUCUACCUUGGCAUGGGCAUCUUAACACCUGACUCGAUGGGCUACGAGCCACUCGAGGUCGACCGCAGGGAUCCGGCCCUGGUCUUGGCAGCAGUGCUUUACUGGGUGGUGAUGCCCAUCGCGCUGGUCACACUGGGCUUCGGAGCCACCUGCGAGCAGGGUGCGCCUAUUUUGGCUUACAUCACCUACGGAGUGUGCUUUUCUUUGCACUUCCUUUGCAUCUUCUGGGCCAUGACAGGCUCAUUGAAAAGGAGACUCCACGACAGCACCCCAAAACUCAUCUUCAUGCUUGGCAUGGCGGCGCUGGAGCACUUCGACAUGGCCUCGGAUGCGCUCUUCACCGGGACAUCCGCUGCCUGCAGUGACGAAAUCACAGGCUUGUGGCUGCAGUCCUGGCACGACGUGCCAGGGGGCGGUUUCAUGGUGCCCACGCUCUCGAAGCUGGGCUUCUCCGGCGUGGCUUUGAUGCUGUUUGUCACGAACGCUUAUGUGCCGCAAUUACUCGUGGUGUGGGCUCCGUUUGCACCCUUUGCUGCACUUUCCUUUGUGGUCAUGGUCGUCCUAUGGGCCAGCUUCGGUUGGGUUAUCGGCCUUUCAGCGAUCCUGGUGGUCUAUGCCUUGGUGCUGUGCAGUCCGCUGGGGGCGAUGGAGAUGGAGGAGCUGAAAGACGAGGCUUUGCGCAGCGAUGAGCACAUGAGCAUCUACCUUGGCGCCGAGGUUGUGGAAGCUAAGGGGCCCAAAGAAAAACGGCCCCUAGUGAUCAUGGGCACGAAGUUGGUUCUAGAAAACUUGUUGCAGCUAUGGCUGCAAAGCUCCUACCUCUCCCUCUCCUUCGACAGAAUGGACAACGACGCCCGCUGGCAGGCGAUGGCCUCCAUUGGCGUAGGCCUCCUUGUCGCAGGUGGCAAAGGCAUCCAGAUCUCGGUGAUCUUGUUGACCAUGAUGUAUGAAGGUGGUAGAGAUGCUUGCCGAGAUGCUUGCGAAGAUUGUCAGGGCUUAUCGCUGGGCAUGGGUAUCAUCGGAGUCUUCAUGAUCUUAGCCGGCUUCGGAGGCCUCGCAUGGGUCUUGGCGAAAGUCGUCUUCAUCUUCCGGUGCGACUCGCAUGUUUGGAACCUUUCCACCGGCUGCGUCAGCCCGGAGAUGUAG